AAGAGCGUAGCUCGGUAUAUGGAUGGAAAUCUCCAAAGACAAGACUAUACUUGAGCAGGAAAACGGCUUGAUGUUUAUUGAUGUGAGACUUCCCUCUGAAUCAGUGCAGACGGAGGAUCAGUUUGAUAACUUAGACAAGCAUACGCAGUGGGGCAUUGACUUCUUGGAGAAAUAUGCAAAAUUUGUAAAAGAAAGGAUAGAAAUUGAGCAAAACUAUGCAAAGCAACUGAGAAAUCUGGUUAAGAAGUACUGUCUUAAACGUUCACCCAAAGAUGAGGAGCCCAGGUUUACUUCGUGUAUAGCCUUUUUUAACAUCCUUAAUGAGUUGAAUGACUAUGCAGGACAACGAGAAGUAGUUGCAGAAGAAAUGGGACACAGAGUGUAUGGAGAAUUGAUGAGAUAUUCUCAUGAUCUAAAAACUGAGAGAAAAAUGCAUCUUCAGGAAGGGCGAAAGGCUCAACAGUAUCUGGACAUGUGCUGGAAACAGAUGGAUAAUAGCAAAAAAAAAUUUGAGAGAGAAUGCAGAGAGGCAGAGAAGGCACAGCAAAGCUAUGAAAGACUGGACAAUGACACUAAUGCGACAAAGGCUGAUGUUGAGAAGGCUAAGCAACAGUUAAACCUGCGCACACACAUGGCUGAUGAAAACAAAAAUGAAUAUGCUGCACAACUACAGAAUUUUAACGGGGAACAACACAAACACUACUACAUUGUCAUUCCUCAAAUUUAUAAGCAACUUCAAGAAAUGGAUGAAAGAAGGACUAUCAAACUUAGUGAAUGUUACAAAGGUUUUGCUGACUCUGAGCGCAAGGUUAUUCCCAUCAUCUCUAAAUGUUUAGAAGGAAUGAUUCUUGCAGCAAAAUCAGUUGAUGAACAUAGAGACUCGCAACUAGUGAUAGACUCCUUCAAAUCUGGUUUUGAACCUCCUGGAGAUUUCCCAUUUGAAGAUUAUAGUCAGAAUAUUUACAGAACUAUCUCUGAUGGAACGAUCAGUACACCAAAGCAGGAAGGAAUGAGAAUUGAUUCAAAAACUACGGUGGGCAAGGCUAAAGGAAAGCUGUGGCUAUUCGGAAAGAAGCCGAAGCCACAGUCCCCACCCCUAACCCCUACUAGUUUAUACACAUCCAGUACUCCUAAUGGGUCCCAGUAUCCCAUAUUCUCCAUUGAACCAGUGCAUUAUUGCAUGAGUGACAUAAAAACAGGGAAGCCCAGAAUUCCUUCUUUCAGAAGCCUCAAAAGAGGGUGGUCGGUGAAGAUGGGCCCUGCUUCAGAAGACUUCAGCCACCUGCCUCCAGAGCAAAGACGCAAGAAACUACAGCAGAGAAUUGAUGAACUCAACAGAGAACUACAGAAGGAAACAGACCAAAAAGAUGCCCUCAUCAAGAUGAAGGAUGUUUAUGAAAAAAAUCCCCAGAUGGGUGAUCCAAGCAGUUUGCAACCAAAGCUAGCUGAGACCAUGAACAACAUGGACCGUCUUCGGAUGGAAAUACACAAAAAUGAGGCUUGGCUGUCUGAAGUUGAAGGUAAAGUAGCAGCCAGAAGCGACAGGCGGCACAGCAGUGAUAUCAACCACCUUGUAACACAGGGCAGAGAGAGCCCUGAAGGGAGUUACAUGGAUGAUGCAAAUCAGGAAGUUCGAGGCCCACCACAACAGCAUGCACAUCCAAAUGAGUUUGAUGAUGAGUUUGAAGACGACGAUCCAUUGCCAGCUAUAGGGCACUGCAAGGCAAUAUAUCCUUUUGAUGGUCAUAAUGAAGGCACUCUAGCAAUGAAAGAAGGGGAAAUUUUGUACAUUAUUGAGGAGGACAAAGGAGAUGGGUGGACAAGAGCUCGAAGACAUAACGGAGAGGAAGGCUAUGUGCCAACAUCAUAUAUAGAUGUAACGCUAGAGAAAAACAGCAAAGGUGCAGUAACCUAUAUCUAAUAGUAAACUGGCAGUUUUCCGCUGUACGUUCCCCAGGGAAAUAGUGGAAAAAUAGUAAGUUGCACAGGUUCAUGGAAAGAAUUAGAGUAUCAGAAGGCCGCAGUGGGCUGUUGUUCACCAUAUGAGCUUGACACAUUUCUUUUUCAGAGAUGUCAGCUUUAAAUUAAGUACCUUACGUUGGUCUGUAAUUUUGACCAGUGCCUUCUGCCUUAUUUUACUGUUCUAAUGUUCCCGCUUUACAAAGUGCUAAAUUUGAUUAAUCUAUUAAACUGAAAAAAGAUCAGGAUUCCUGCUUGUUCUAUAUAGUACUUGGUUUUUGCAAAGAACUGAAAAAUACUUAGUUUUAAAGACCUCUAAAAUUUACUGUUCCCACUUUUAUGACUUAAAAGAAAAAGCCUCUUUUUUAAACAUAUAGUUUUUCUCUAAUAUCUGAAAUCAGUUACUGAAAAUUAUUAAUUUCCUUCCUUUGCAAAUACUUGGCAGCUUUCACCUCUUAAAGAGGAAAAUGUUUUCUCAUUCUGAAAGCUCAACAAAAGUGCUCAGGAAGAAGCAUUACAAUUAAAAAGGACAAAAAGUCCACUGACCUGCCUCUCUCCUUCCCUUCCAGUGGUUGUAACCUGGAAUAUUGGUUUUUUUGAUACAACUUCAUUGUUUUAACUGUAGCUACCUUAAAAACACACACACACACAGACACACACACACACACACACAUGUAACGCUCGUGUCUUACUGGAUUUUAACCUCUCUCUGCUCCUGAAAAGGGACUGUUUUUAAAUUCUUAAUCUGUGCCUGUAAGCUAAUAGUGUUUGAAUUAUAUCACGUUUGGGUAGAAAUCAAGAUCUAAAAUGUACAGUAACUCCUUCGCUAUUAAAUCACUAAGGUUUGGAAACUACAUUGCACUACGUGAUUACUAGGGAAAAAAAAAGCUAAUCUAAAAGCUAUGUCUGGUAUUCCUAUUAAGAAUGUUUGUGGAAUUAAGUACAAGGCUAAUGUGUAGCCACUGGGAAUGGCCUCUUAGAACUGAGCACACUUCUCUAUUUUCUGAAGGCCUUCAGUAACUUUGUUCUUUUCUUUUUCCUCUUGGACUGCAGGUUCCUGAAGAGGGUUUCUGAGAAAAUGGGCGAGAUCUUGAAGGAGGUUACAUGCAGCUGCUUUUUUUUUGGGGGGGGGGAGGGUAUUAGCCUGGGAGGCCCAUUAAGCAAGGGGAAAAGCUAGUUGCAUGAAUGCAUGCAGACAUACGUUUAGUCACUAACAUUCUUAGCCUUUCCAUACAUAGUUAAGGAUGUAUUACAAAUUCUUAAAUUUCUGCAGCAAAAUAGAGCUCCAUUACCAGAGUAAAGAGGCAACUGCUCCUAAAAUUGCUUAUUCUCAUUGUCCUUAGUUUUCAAAGAAGAGGCACAAACUGUAUUUUAGAUUGUGCUACAUUUUGAUUGUCUCAGUUAGUUACGCUUUUUUCCAGCUGAUCGGAAAAAAGCUGAUCGUAAUUGGCAGUCAUUUAGAACCAUGUCAGUUGUCAGUCUGCCUGUGCCACCUCCAUGCUCGCCCUUAACCCCCUCCUGCAUGCCUAGGACAGUCAGGCAUGCCUGCAUAACAUUUUAUUGUCAUCAUUGCUUCUCAUAUUUUGUAACAAACCAUUCUGUUUAAGUAUCUUCAGCACUAGAGUUUCAUCCCAGUAUCCAUGUAUGCUGCUAUAACUCUUCCACUGCAACCAUCAUUACAUUCCAAUUUUUGGCAUAACUGAUAUGAGAUCAUAAUAUAUUUAUGUUGGUUUGGGGAAAUAAUACAUCUCAGCUCUAGCCUACAAUGCAGUCAGAGAAACUCCCAGAACUGUGGUCCAUCAUCUUCAGCACUUCAGUAACCUAAUGUGAGCACUGAAAACCUGGAACACCACCAGAGAGAUUCACCACUGCAAGCUAAUGACUGUUUUUAAAGUCAACCACUUGCCAUUCAAAUGCUGCCUUAAACUAGAGUGCCUAAAUCUGUUGAUUGCCAACACUACCACUUACAGUAUCCCACAAAGGGCUUUGUGUCUCAGCUCUUUCCACAGUGCUGCAGCUGCUGAGGUAGCCAUGGUAGGUGUUUUCUAGAGCUCUACUUUACAGGAUACAUGGUGCAUCAUGAAUUUUAUACAUUGAGACAUGUAUCUCUUCAUUUGACUUCUUUAAUAUUUUUUAGAAAUAUUUUUUAUGGAAACUUUGUCUCUUAGUUUUUGACUAUGAAGUUCCAGUUUUAAUUACUGCAGUGCUAGUUUGUUUCCAGGUGAUGCUUCAUUGUAUGGACCAGUUGAAAUUUGAGUGAUACUUCGUAAUGAUCUAUGAUGUGCACUUUUUCUUGUAAACAACUGAAAUUUGGAUAUGUUUAUACGUGUAAAUAUAGUUGUCUGCAGUGCCCCUAUUGCUUAUGUUUUCUUGCUGCCCAUUUGUGGUUCUAUUAAUAAAUACAUAAAAUCUGAUUUA